CUGACUUGAAAGCAGCAAUGUCCAAUGAAGUCAAUGCAACAUUUUGCGAAGCAUUGCAAGGUCCUAGGAUAUAUCCCGACUGGAUUAGUGAAACAGCAGUUUACUCGUUCGAUGCUCUGACUUAUUUAUAUUUUAUACUGGCCUUUCUUUUAUUUCCCUAUCCUGUCUAUCGCGUUAUUGCACACAAAUUUAACUGGGAGGUCAAUACAAAGACACUUGCAAGGCACUGGAGUGACAUUACGCUCGGACUUACAUAUGGAUGCAUUGUAUUUGUAUUUGGAAACUACACAAAAGCUUUCAGUUGGAUCACAGUCGUUGCCUUCUAUCCCUCACUCUUCGGCUAUGCUUUGAUUGCUGAGCUACCAUUUACCAAAACUUCACUUCCAAGGAUCAAAACUUGGCCGAUCGGAAUGUGGAUCGUUUUCCUUCUCGCCCUCGCAGUUAUACUGGCAUUCGCUGCUUUCCACAUAUACCUUGCUGCGACUCUGCCUCUUCCUUUUGUCAUAUACUAUGUCUGUGCCUUGGCCAUCCCUUUAUUUCUCUUGUUAUCCGCUGUGGCCAUAGUGUACGAAUCUACACACAAUGUCAUCCAGAAGACCUUUGUAGGCAUUAAAGCUAGCCUGACGUCCUGUAAAGGCAAAGCGCCUCUGGAUGAGGAAACACAACCGGCACGCCAGGAUAGUGAAGGCGAGCAGAUUGGGGAAUCGUCCACUACCAAGGAUGUACAUAGUACUUCUGACGCCAUCCCCGUAGUAGAAUCGUUUUCGCCUGUGGCACUCCACCUUCACCAUUGGCAGAUCUUUUACGUGCUUAGUUUCUUUACAAGAUUUAAUCAUCCAGUAUCUCAAGUUGCCGCUGGCAUUGUUCUGGCAUGCUACAUGGAGGGCAUAUGCGCCUACGGCUAUGAUUCCCUGGUUAAUGACGCAUAAUCAUUAUUAUUUAGAACGCGUUGAAAAUGAUACAAU